AUGGUAUGGAAACCUGAUAUCCACAUUGCUGUGGAGCUUUCUGCACCUCCUGCUCGGUCAUGCCCAACCGCUAUACAACAGAACGAGGAUGGUCAGUUUGGCGUGCUCAUCAAAGAAGGGAUUCACAUACUUACGCCGGACAUCGGCCUAGCAUACGACCCCGGAACGGCGGACGUGGCCACGGUCCCAGCCCUUCGCAAGCCCGAUCGAGAACCGUUGAAGGUUUAUCGAGCAGUGGCUGAGAUUGCGCUUGGUGAUCACAUUGCGUGGGCAGACGAGUCACUCGACAUGGCUACUAUGGUACCCGGCUCAGUGUCCAUUCAAUGUAAGGACUUCGCGUGGUCCCCCAUAGGACUGGGCCAAGAUGGGAGAUGUCUUCUCGCCGUUCUCACAACAAAUCUCGAGGUUUUUAUGUACGGAGCAGGCAAGAACUACGUUGAUGGUCAAUGGUUGAGAGUAUUCACCCUGACAGAUGCAUUAUUGGAAACUGCAAAAUCAUCGGCCAUCAACGGGAAGGCAAAGGUCAGCAGCUUGCGUAGGACAUUGCAAGCUCAGACGACAGCCCUUGCUUGGUCGGCCGCUGUCCGGGCAUCUGGUGUGCCGUCUUCAAGAGAUUUAUCUCUUCUGGCACUAGGAAGCCGUGCGGGCACAGUGUCGUUGUGGCGAUCCGGCAAGCGGCAAGCGACUGUCGUCCUCGGAGAAGAAUGGGUUGCGCAUCUCUCAUGGGCUGGGUGGUUACAGAUGGAUGCUGACACGGUCGCGUCCGUAUUGGCCUGCGGUUUAUCCGACGGUUCUGUCCACCUUGUGACGGUCACGCAGAAAAUUACCGAUCACUCAUUUGAUGAGGUUCAAGCAGUUCCCUCACCAGCUCUAGUCCAGCCGGACUUGAGGGGUCUUACAGCUCUGCGGUGGGUAUAUCUGCAAACGUACCCUCUACAUGUGCUUGUAUAUGCCAAGCCAGGUCUGUUGGGUCUUAUCGCACCAACUGGAUCUGGUCUUGAUUGGGUCGGAGAACGCCGCCUUGUUGUGCAAAAGCAACCCGUCUUUCUUGGUUCUACGGCCCUGGGAAUACCUAGUGGUUUAGACUACUUGGUGAAGGAAGAUGCUCUGCUGGUCUCGUACUCCGAUGGUUCAAUCCACGUGAUUCACAGUGUAUCGACAGAUCCAACCCUUGAGAUGCCCGGCUCACGGUUGCAAUCCGCAGAGAUCACUCGGGCAAUGCGGCGGACGUGCAUGGACAUCGAAGGGCCCGGAACGCCCCAUGUCGCUGUGAUGCAAACUUUCGGCUGCCAUCUCGUUUCUAGUGGUGUGGCGUUGUGGUCAUAUCAGAAAACACUCCCAACCUUCAUCGAUUAUGUGCCCGAAUUUGGUCAAAUUACUUCCGUCACCCUGGCAAAGUUGUUCGAUCCGAGUCAUGACACCACACAGUCUUUGCAGAAUGUUCAGUCCCUGUGCUUCCGGCCAACUCCUCCAUUCGGUCCUCCUGUUCGCUUGGCCCCAAAGCUUCUGCCAAUCUAUCUAGAUUUGGAAGCAAACCGUAACUCUGACGCGAUAAGGAGUGAGCUGGACCAUCUCCUCGAUGCUUCACCAUCUCAGUCCACGGAUGCCUCCCUCAGCCGAUCCUCGCUGACAUGGAAAACGCCGGAUACUGAAGAUCUGCUACGAUGUCAACUUAUUGUCGACUUGAUAGAUGGCGACGAGAUCACGACGCUGCGGAACAAAUUGGCAAUUCUCAAAUUAGCGAAUAAAUUUGGCUAUUCAUUUGCGGACCGCAUUCCAUAUGUUCAAACUCUCAUACUUGCCCUAAUUUUCGCCGCGCUAUCUUAUACGGCGGCUGAUCCUUCUUCAUUGCUCUUGGCGAAUGACCCUGUCUUUGCGCGACGGAUUGUCAGUAUAUCUCAAUGCAUGCCAAUAUCGAUCGGUACAGAUGUCGCUGUGCAAGCAUUAGCAGCAUCCAACAAAGUAGAUCAGCUCAUGCCUUCCUCUACGGAGACAGAUGGAAACAGCGAUGGAAUCGAACUGAAUGGUUCAAUUGAUGUGGGGGAUAUCUGUGUAGUAUGCAAAGCCUCUAUGCCUGUGAGAAGCUUAGAAAUGGCACACUGCAGUAAUGGUCAUGUGUGGGGUAAGUUCUUCCGCUCGUUCUCCUCCUGUGAGAUCUAA